CAUGAGAAUUUUUCUGGCCUCAUCGGAGAGCAUCCCAUCAGUGCAGGCAGAGGCGUGGCAGCUGAGGAGGAGGUGCUGGCCACCCUUUUGGAGAUGGGGGGCAGUAAGGAGCACAGCUGAGCAGAGCCAGCCUGCAGAGCCAGGGUGUCCCCCGUUGCUCAGAGUCGGAAAGUAUUAUGAGGGAGGCCGAGGAUACCAGGCCCUGGACAGAGACGCAGCCCUGGGACUAGCAGAGCACUUCCGGGAGGAUGCUGGGCGUCUGCAGGGGGCGGCGGAAGUUCCUGGCGGCCUCGCUCACCCUGCUGUGCAUCCCGGCCCUCACCUGGAUUUACCUGUUUGCUGGGAGCCUGGAAGAUGGGAAGCCCGUGUCCCUGUCCCCGCUGGAGUCCCAGGCCCACAGUCCUCGGUCCCCGGCCUCCAGCCCCCGGGAGCGAGAGGGCCUGGAGGCGCGGGUGCGUGAGGUGGAGGAGGAGAACCAGGCAGGCCGCCCACAGGGUGUGCAGCAGCUCCCUGGCCUCUCUCCAGCAGCUCGGGCCACCAAGAAACUCGAUGGGCUUCGGUAUCUGGACCCCAGGGACAGGACGAUUCACGUCGCCAUCGUCUGCGCCGGGUACAACGCCAGCCGGGACGUGGUCACCUUGGUCAAGUCCGUCCUCUUCCACAGACGGAACCCCCUGCACUUCCACCUCAUCGCCGACGCCAUUGCAGAGCAGAUCCUGGCGACGCUCUUCCGCACCUGGAUGGUGCCCGCGGUGCGCGUGGACUUCUACAACGCGGAUGAGCUCAAGUCUGAAGUCUCCUGGAUCCCGAACAAGCACUACUCUGGGAUCUACGGCCUCAUGAAGCUCGUCCUCACCAAGACGCUCCCUGCCGACCUGGAGAGGGUCAUCGUCCUGGACACUGACAUCACGUUCGCCACCGACAUCGCGGAGCUGUGGGCGGUGUUCCAUAAGUUCAAAGGUGACGCAGCUCCUUUCCCUGUGCCUUUGUAGGGGUCGGCACGCCUG